CCCGGCUCGGGACGCGCGGUCUAGGCGCUGUGGCCAUGCCUGGCGGCGCCCUAGCGACUGUCCUGAGACCAGCGCAACCCUGGUAGACGACACCCCGGGCCCGGCUGGCCCGGCCAUGCCGCUGGAGACGCAGGACGCGCUGUACGUGGCACUGGAGUUGGUCAUCGCCGCUCUGGCGGUGGCGGGCAACGUGCUGGUGUGCGCCGCGGUGGGCGCCUCGAGUGCUUUGCAGACCCCCACCAACUAUUUCCUGGUGUCUCUGGCGGCGGCCGACGUGGCCGUGGGACUCUUCGCCAUCCCCUUCGCUAUCACCAUCAGAUUGGGCUUCUGUACGGACUUCCACAGCUGCCUCUUCCUCGCCUGUUUCGUGUUGGUGCUCACGCAGAGCUCCAUCUUCAGCCUCUUGGCCGUGGCCGUCGACAGGUAUCUGGCCAUUCGCGUCCCGCUCAGGUAUAAAAGUUUGGUCACUGGGAGCAGAGCAAGAGGGAUCAUUGCUCUCCUCUGGGUCCUUGCCUUUGGCAUUGGAUUGACUCCGUUCCUGGGUUGGAAUAGUAAAGACAAAGCCACCAGCAACUGCACAGGAUCUGGGGAUGGAAGCGUGAAUAAGAGCUGCUGUCCUGUCAAGUGUCUCUUUGAGAAUGUGGUCCCCAUGAGCUACAUGGUGUAUUUCAACUUCUUUGGGUGUGUCCUUCCUCCACUGCUCAUAAUGAUGGUGAUCUACAUCAAAAUCUUCAUGGUGGCCUGUAAGCAGCUCCAGCGCAUGGAGCUGAUGGACCACUCAAGGACCACUCUGCAGCGAGAGAUCCAUGCAGCCAAGUCACUGGCCAUGAUCGUAGGCAUUUUUGCUCUUUGCUGGCUACCAGUACACGCCAUCAACUGUGUCACUCUUUUCCAUCCAGCUCUUGCCAAGGAUAAGCCCAAGUGGCUAAUGAAUGUUGCCAUCCUCCUGUCGCAUGCCAACUCAGUCGUCAACCCCAUUGUAUAUGCCUACAGGAACCGAGACUUCCGCUACACUUUCCACAGAAUCAUCUCCAGUUAUGUUCUCUGCCAGACAGACACCAAAGGUGGGAGCGGGCAGGCUGGGGCACAGUCUGCUCUCAGUCUGGGCUUAUGACCUCGGCUCUGGCCUUUUGGAGAAGGCUUAAAACAAACAAUGGGACUCCACACAACUGGCUGGUUCUCACUGUGAAAGGCAGCUGCACCUCCCAAGCAAAUGAGCUGCUCUUCUGAGUCCGACCUGGAGUUACACAACUUUAGCUAAUAUGCAUAUGCAAUCGGUAGGCUCCAAGGUUAAAUGCACCUAUGAAUCUAUUCAGCUGCUCUGUGUGGAUGAUGACAGUGGCUUGAACUGAUUCCCAAAGAUGUUUUAUUUUUAAGAAUCUGCCUUAUUCAUGGUAGAAAAUGACUAAAACUUACCUUACUGUGAAACACUGUGAACUAUUAUAAUAAAAGUAUUUUUCACUUAAAGCAAUGGAAAAAUAAAAGUUGGCUAUACUAUUGUAUACUUCUUCCUAGGACUGCAACCCUGAAAACUAAACUAUAAUUCUUCAAUUAAGAUACUGUUGUAUUAAUUUAGAAAAUUAUAUUCUCCUAAGUUUUGAAAUAGAAUUAUAAUUUUAAAAAACAAUUUUAAGUUCAGUGUUUUCCAUGUACACAAAAUACGAGAUAGAAGCCGGAGAAAUGGGUUCCUCCUCAACUGGAAUCCUGCUUCUUGACAGAGGUUCUGACUGGGUUUGCUUCUCUCCCAAGUUAAGAUUUACUGGAACCAGCCAGGCAGUGAUGGCGCACACCUUUAAUCCCAGCACUCGGGAGGCAGAGGCAGGAGGAUCUCUGUGAGUUUGAGGCCAGCCUGGUCUACAAGAGUUAGUUCCAGGACAGGCUCCAAAGCUACAGAGAAACCCUGUCUCGAAAAAACAAAAAAAGAAAAAAGAAAAAAAAGAUUUAUUGGAACCCACAGUGUGAAAUUUUCCUAAGGAAAAUAGCUAAUGUUGCAUUAUAUUCAGCGAAAUAAAACUUGGUAAAAACACGUUCAAGGCCCUGCACUGGCUUGCUGUACACAGUGUGCUGUCUGCACUGACCCUGAAGGCUGCCGAAAGAGGACGCUCAUACUGAGUCCAGGGCUCUCGACUAGUAAAGAAAUCUUGGCUUUUUCUUUGCUACAACUCAACAUGAUGCUCAGCCAACCCUCUGGUUCUCUAAGUGCAGCAUGUGCUUGGCUUUUUAUUCAGCAGCUGUUCACUGACUGUGUUUGGGGGCACAACAAUGCGGAGGGGCUGUCCCUAGGCUGUGAAGUCACUUACUCCAUUUGUCUACUUCAGGUCCUAACAGGACGAGUGCUUAGAGAGGCAGGGAGUUCCCAGCCCUUUAGGACCUUCUGGCUGCCGUGGCUUUACCUCUUAAGUCCUUUUCCCGGGCUACAAUCUGCUUCCUCUUGGUGGUUAUUUUCUCAUCCUUCCUUUGCUCUCUGGGUCUGUCUCAUCUCUUCUCUCCAGUACCACUCCUGCAACCUACUUUGUCUUUCUUUCCAUGUGAAAUUCCUAGUAGGAUCUAGUUUCCUUCCAGAGCUUUAGUAUGUUCCUUAUCAUGCUAUAAAAAGCCCAAUAAUGCUCACAGAGCAAACCCAGCUCUCCCUGUUCUCCACACAGAUGAGCGUAGCAGAAGAUCCCUCAUCUUCUCACAC